UGUCUGCAGGUGGUCACGCUUUGUGCCCUGUGAGCCGAAGCCACGCCUGGUGCUGGCUGGGCAGGGGAGCUGUGCCAGGGGCAGACUUAGAGGCUGGCUUGGCUCUGUUGGCAACCUGCUGCUGGAGCUCCAUCUGGCCCAUGGACACGACACGGAUCGCAGUUGUGGGGGCAGGCGUGGCGGGGCUCGCGACCGCCAUGUGCAUCCCCCACUUGGUCCCGCGAUGCUCCAUUACGGUCAUUUCAGACAAGUCCAGUCCUGGUACCACGAGCGACGUGGCCGCCGGCAUGCUCAUCCCACAUGCUUAUCCAGACACGCCCCUUCCGCAGCAGAAGCAGUGGUUCAGAGACACCUUCGCGCACCUGUUUGCGAUCGCCAACUCUGCCGAGGCCGGAGAGGCCGGGGUCCACCUGGUGUCCGGUUGGCAGAUAUUUCGGAGCAUUGCUGCUGAAGAAGUGCCAUUCUGGGCCGACGUGGUUCUGGGAUUUCGGAAGAUGACCGAGGCUGAGCUGACGAAGUUCCCCCAGCAUGCGUCUGGCCAUGCUUUUACGACCCUGAAGUGUGAAGGCCCCACCUACCUCCCCUGGCUGGAGAAAAGGAUAAAAAAAGAUGGGGGCCGGAUCCUCAUGCGACAAAUAGGAAGCCUGUGGGAGCUCCAUCCGUCCUUCGACGUCGUGGUCAACUGUUCAGGCCUGGGAAGCAGGCAGCUUGCGGGAGACUCGAAGAUUUUCCCCGUGCGGGGCCAGGUGCUCAAAGUGCAGGCCCCCUGGGUCAAGCACUUCAUCCGCGACGGGAGUGGGCUGACGUAUAUUUACCCUGGGGCGGCCAGUGUGACCCUGGGUGGGACCAGGCAAGAAGGAGAUUGGAAUCUGUCCCCAGACGCAGAGAUUAGCAGAGAUAUUCUUGCCCGAUGCUGUGCUCUUGAGCCCUCCCUGCGCGGAGCCUUCGACAUUAGGGAGAAGGUGGGCUUGAGGCCCUCCAGGCCAGGCGUGCGGCUGCAGAAAGAGCUUCUAGUCCGGGAUGGCCAGAGGCUGCCUGUGGUCCACCACUAUGGCCAUGGGGCUGGGGGCUUCUCUGUGCACUGGGGCACUGCUCUGGAGGCCGCCAGGCUGGUGAGUGAGUGUGUCCAAGUCCUAAGGAACCCCACUCCCAAGUCCCAGCUGUAGGUGACAUGAAACGACAGCAGAGGGUCCCAGCCACCACUGAUCAAAAUAUAGUUUAAGUACCAGAACAGAUUCUAACGACUUUAAUUAGACGUGUCUUUGUUUUCAAAAUUUAGAAAGAGGCAAUAUGUCUCAGUAGGUUUAGACUAGUACUAAUCUAAUCUGGCACUAACCUAGAACUAGAUUUAAGUCUAGUACUAAUGACAUAGGGCGUAAGGCUCCACUGUUUGUUAAAUCGUAUAGAGUAAGAUUCCUGUUAGAUCUGGUGUUCAAGGACCUGUGCCAAUUUACACACUGGAAGCUGGAAGCUGUCGGGCUUCUGGCAUCUCUUGGCUCCUAAAUCCACAGGAGAUCAGCCAUGGAAAACUCUCAGCUCGUUGUCAGUGCCAAGCCGCCGAGAUGCGGGAGGGCUACAGCCUAGUGAGCAGGUAACCCCUCCAAAACCCUGCAGGGUGAUCAUGCAGUGCAGGCCGGCGACGGUUAGUGUUAGACAAAAGCACGAUCCCGUUAGGACCAGUGGCAACCUCUUUCUCCCGCCCGCUGGUACACUGAUGCUUCAAAAAGGGACGAAGCACCUGUGGACGCAGUGCCAUCUUAAGGGCUCUCUGGGCUCAGCCGUAAGGGUCACGCUCUCUGUUACCCAAGUGAUUGACAGCAGCGUGCUGCGUGGAGGGCGUUUUUGAAGGUUGAAUGGCAUUGGCAGCUGGGGAGCCAAUUUGCUAAUUAAGUUGGAGCAAUCAUUCUGAAGGAAAUACAACCAAAGGGUUUCCUGGAAGCUGUUAAAAAGUAUCGGGGAGGAGGGGUAAUGUGCCUCGUGAUAAGAUGAGUUUGGGAAUCGCUGCAUUGAGUAACCCUCCUGGCUUCUGGGCUGAGGCCUGCUCGGCGCCCUCUCUCCGUCCGCGGGCUGUGCGUGCUCAGAGCAGCGACCUGAGCCCGUGGCAAGGGAGGCGCCGCUUACGAGGCAUGGAGACUUUGGAGAAAUAGGUGCAAUUUUCGUUGUGCAUUUUGGGGGAAAUGGCAUGCGUUUAGGAAACCAAGUUCUAUUUUGGACGUCCUGGGGUUGGCCAUGAAGAUGGGCAGAGGAGCCCCCGGCGCAGCGCUGUUCCUUCUGCUCCGUCCAUUGAGCUUCUGCAUGUGGCUUGUUUGAAGAGGACGCUCGGCCGGCAGGGGAGCUGCCGCAGGUGCCGGGGGACUGGGUCUCCAUCUUCCUUCGCCGUGUUCUUCAGUUUAAUCAAGUGUGGGUUCUUUUCUGUUGAUGUCCACCAGGGGGUGGUAUUGUAUAAAACUCAGAUAUAUUGAUACAUUUAGAAAAGUCUAGAAAUAAAAAAUGGAUACCAGG